CAAUGCUGAAGUUUGCGAGCUUCGAGGUUCACACCGUGACCUCAGUCCUUAGGCAUACAUCAGUGAUGCAGUUUUGAAGGCAUCAAAAUACGACAUAGAUACCUUAUUUUUACUUUUUAAAUACUCCGUUGUUUAAUACAUCCUCGACAUUGCGCUGGAUCGCUCACAUACUUAAUGUACUAAUUAAAGAACCACGGAGAUAUAUUCGAAUUAGACUCGCCUUCGAAAGCUACGAUAGACAGUACCAUUUUCUGAAAAUGCAUCGAACAUAUCUUCUGCUGCUGAGCGCCUGCGGCGUCUCACUUGCACGAAUGCACCCAUAUCUCUAUGGUGUACCGAAAGGACCUGGAAUGGACAUGGAGGAACUUGCAGUGGUUGAUGUCGUAUCGCUCGCAUUGGACAACUCAACAUCAUUGAAUGCUACUCGGCCUCGUCCGACAUCUCCCUCAGCUGUUCCAUCGACACCCGCUCUUGCUGAGCCUUGCGCCGUUGUCAGCAGCACAGUGCAAGGACUGCCACCUGGUUCACGGAGAAUUGUGCCCGCAGAGCUAGGUAUGCGAUGCUUGAAAUCGGUUCCAUUAGAUCAAGAAGGCAAUGUCAAGUUGAUCGACGAUCUGAAACUGUAUCUGGCAUGGCAAUCCAACUUGGGCUUUUUGAAGAAUCCUCCAGCAGAGUACACCGAGGCCCCUGUGGACAUAAUAGAAGAGAUGAAUGGCAUGCAAGAGCAACUAAAGUCCGGUGGCUACAACAGCGAAUACGAUUUUCAGACCGACUUGAUGUCAUUAUUCAAUCGUGCAUACGACAACCAUCUAGCGUGGCAGCCGGACAUCCUCGCUGGUGUUAUUCAAUUCCAGAGACCAGCAGGGACGGAGCUUGUGUCUGUCUCUAGCGAUGGACGAGCGCUUCCGGAAAUCUUCGCAUAUCGCGACUUGGAACUUGCAAAUCGAGAUAAGUCAUUCCAGCCUUCGCCUGUCAGGACGAUCAACGGUCGUGGUGUAGAAGAGUACCUUCAGAGUGUUGCAGUCCAGGCCGACUUUCACGAUGCUGACACCCGCUGGAAUGCCCUCUUCCCAAGCCAGCCGCUAAUAGCAUCGGGAACUACUUUCUUAGGCUCAUUCAGGACAGGAGAAUACCAAGGACCAAACACCACAAUGGCAUUCACCAAUGGAACAGCAAAGUCAAUGAUCAACCUGGCUGUGGUCAUUGCGGACUUCAAUGGUGUCAACAGCGGAGCAACCUUUUUCCAAAAGUUCUGUCGUGGACCUCAACCCGUGGCUCCCCCAACAACCACUCAAGCGCCACCAUCUGUGUCGGUCUCACCACCCUCAAGCACACCAACUCCAACGCCCUCGCACAUUGGCUACCCCAAGGCAGUGAUCCUGCAUCCGAAUCUCUCCGUUGGGGGCUACCACAUCAAUGAGACCGGAUAUGAUGAUGUUGCAAUCCUUAGUAUUCCCAGCUACGACUCUCCAGAUGUGCAGCUAUUCCAGAAUGUCAUGCGAGACUUCAUCCGUCUAUCUGCUGCGUCAGGCAAGACAAAGAUGAUAUUCGAUCUCCGUGGCAAUGGAGGAGGCAAUGCUAUUUUGGGCUACGACUCCUUCAAACAGGUUUUUCCCCAAGCGGAUCAAGAGCCUUUCGGUGGGACCCGAUAUCGAGCGAACGAAGCCCUGAAUAUGGUGGGGAAGAUAUCGGAGAACUUCGAAGCAGGAAAUACAUUUGUGCAGGGUAACCAGACUGCCUUCCUUCAAGCCUUUGGGGCCAGCACACCGGAAGAUAUCUCACUAUUCACCGCCGGGUUCAAUCCUGUGCACCAGCUCGACGUUAACAACGAGAGAAUUGACACCUGGGAUCAGUUAUUCGGACCAGAAACUAUUAAUGGCGAUCAAUUUACGACGACUAUCCGAUAUAACUUCAGCGACGAACCUUCAUACACUUAUCCUGGAUUUUCCGUCAUUGGCUUCUUGAAUAACACCAACGAGACCGCAACCCCACAGCCCUUCACAUCCGAGAACAUGGUCAUGCUUCACGAUGGAAUGUGCUCGUCAACCUGUACCAUCGUUUCCGAGCUUCUGAAAAACCAAGGCGGUGUCCGCACGAUUGCGAUCGGUGGCCAACCAAAAGUCGGACCCAUGCAGGGCAUAGGUGGUACAAAAGGCGCACAGUCAUUCAACUGGGAUGACGUUCAGAUCCGCACUCAGAUUGUGUACUUUACCGGUAGCCCUGAAGAACAGGCACAGUGGAAUAACACCGCGCUUGGCCGGACUGCAUUUGCAAACCAGCUCUUCACUCGCACGGCGUACGCUGGAGGGCGACCUGCCGGCGGCAUCAAUCUACGAGAUAACCUGCGUCGCAACGACAGAUCGAAAACACCUCUCGAAUUCGUCUACGAAGCGGCUGAUUGCAGGAUGUGGUACACGGCACCUAUGAUCAAUGAUGUCACGCAAGUGUGGAAAGGCGUGGUUGACAGGAUGUUCACGGCGGAUGAUUCAGGCAUGCAGGGCUGCGUUCAGGAUAGCACGGGUCAUAAGAGCUCUGUGAGCGGUGGUGGACAGGCAAAGAGUGGGGAGGUGCCGCCGCCGCCUCCCCCGGAGGAUGAGAAGGGCGCAGAGCAAUUGACUGGAGCGGCAGGAUCGCUCGCCGUUGUAGGUAAAAGAUGGUAUGCUUUGUUGUUACUGGUAAUAUCUGUAAUUCUGUAGACUCAUAAGGCGGGCGUUUUGGGUAGUUUUUUUGGAGCUUGUUAGGGAUUCACGAUCUCAAUUUCGAAUUGCAUUUACGCAGACGGACACCAAGACGUCUG